AUGAAGAGAAGCGACGCAUCUCAUUCUACCUCUUUCGUGUGAGUGUGUUGUUUGUUGUUAGAGAUAGUAGAGAGAUGGCUGAUAGAUUCUUCCAAAACGUGAUGCCCAACUUCUUAGCAGAGAAGCCAGUCGGCGAGACGUCGUCUGAAGCAGCCGUAGACCCGCUCACGAAGCUUCUCUCCCUUCCCUACAAAACUUUCUCCGACAGCCUCAGAAGCUCGGCUUUGGAGCUUAAAGACACGGUGGUGAGAGAGACAUGGGUUUUGAGUGGAAAGCGUGUACAAGAUUAUACUGUGUAUACUGGGGCGCUUGGAACGGCUUACUUGGCCUUCAAAGCUUAUCAAGUUACCAAGAAUGCAAAUGAUCUUAAAUUGUGCUUGGAGAUUGUUAAGGCUUGUGAUUCUGCCUCCAGAGAUUCUAGCCGCGUGACUUUCCUGUGUGGACGAGCCAGUGUUUGUGCUCUAGGUGCUGUUGCAGCAAAGCAUGCCGGUGAUGAAAGGCUACUUGGUCAUUACAUAACACAAUUCAAAGAGAUUAAACUUUCUAGUGACUUGCCAAAUGAAUUACUAUAUGGAAGAGCGGGGUUCUUAUGGGCCUCUUCAUUCAUAAACCAUCAUAUUGGCAACGGCACAAUUUCUAAUACCCUUAGAAGAUCAGUUGUAGAUGAGAUCAUAAAGGCUGGUCGAAAAUUGGCCAAGAAAGGCAAAUGCCCCUUGAUGUAUGAAUGGCAUGGGAAGAAAUACUGGGGUGCGGCCCAUGGACUAGCAGGGAUCAUGCAUGUCUUGAUGGACAUGGAACUGAAAUCUGACGAGGCGGAGGAUGUCAAGGGUACACUACGCUACAUGAUUAAGAACUGUUUCCCGAGUGGCAACUAUCCUUCAAGUGAAGGAAGCGAGUCAGACCGUCUUGUGCACUGGUGCCAUGGUGCUCCUGGAGUUGCUCUUACCCUUGUGAAGGCAGCUGAGGUGUUUGAAGAUAAGCAAUUUCUACAAGCAGCUAUGGACGCAGGGGACGUUGUUUGGGAACGGGGGCUGCUAAAGCGAGUUGGUAUCUGCCAUGGCAUCAGUGGAAAUGCAUACGUCUUUCUUGCACUCUACCGGUUGACGGGGAAGGUGGAAUACUUGUACAAGGCUAAAGCAUUUGCUUGCUUCCUACAUGACAGAGCUCGAAAACUCAUAUCUGAGGGAAGAAUGCAUGGGGGUGACCAUCCCUAUUCACUGUUUGAAGGUAUUGGAGGGAUGGCUCAUCUCUUUCUAGAUAUGACUGAACCAUCUGAGGCCCGGUUUCCCGCUUAUGAACUUUAAGUUGUUUUUUUGUAUGUAUUAGGGAGAGUAGAUGUAUGUGUGAUAUAAAGUUAUUGUAUAUGUUAGAAUUAUAUGUAUAAUAAACCCACUGUAUGAGACUGAAAUACUGUUAAAUGUUAUAAGAAUCUAAAAGA